GGCAGGUCGCGAUGACGCAAGGCGGCUGUGGCUACGGCGGGCAGGUGGUGACUUUCCCGGCAGUCGGCGCCGAGAUGUCCGGCGCGUUACUGCUGUUGCUGCUGGCUGCGCCCGCGCUGGCCACGCCGCCGCCCUCACACCUAGAGUGGCUGCUGGACCUCUACAACCCGCUGCGCUGGCGCGCGCCGCCCGCAGACAUUCAGGGAGACUGCGGCGACAAUCUACGCCAGCUGAUCGAGGAGUUGCGCAAUGGCUCUCUGUGGGCUUCGAGCAUGGUGGACGCGAGCGGUCGCUACUCGUCGCAGUUCCUAUUCGGCAACGACCUGUGGCUGGGCUCGCAGACGCUGUGCGACGAGACCGCCCCCAGCGCGCCGUGGCCAGUCACCUUCUACGUGGCGCGCCUCCGUCUACGUCUCUCCCCCGCGCUGACGCCACAGACUCGCACCGUGCUGCUGGGCGUCUGCGUGCCGGCGUCCUGCGGGCCUCAGCAGGUGUCGCGGCUGCUGGAGGCGGCGGGGGCGGCGGGGGCGGGCCGAGAGCUGAGCGUGGUGCGCGUGCGCCCCGUGCCCGGCGGCUACCGCGUGCUCGCCGACCCCAGGCUGCACAUCAUCUGGGGCGUGGCUGCGGUGCUGUUGGUGCUGAUGGCUGCGGGGACGGUGUACGACCUGGUGCUGCGCUGGCGCCGCCCGCCGGCUGACAAGGCGGCCGCAUCCGCCGCCGCACCUGCCGGGAAAUGUUCAAUGCUGCUUCUCGCAUUUUCGGCACGCAUAAACGGGCAAAAAAUCUUGAAAUGUGAAGGAUCAGACGAAGCUCUGGGAUGUGUCCACGGGAUGCGUUUCCUAAGCUUGGCUUGGGUCAUCAUGGUACAUACUUACCUGCAGGUUUUCUCUAUUGCAGAAAACAAGACGCUACGGAGUGUCACUGAGAGAAGCAUCAUGUACCAAACUAUUAGCAACGCAACAUUUUCCGUGGAUACGUUUUUCUUCAUCAGUGGUCUGCUGGUAACUUUCUUAUUCCUCAGGUCAGCCGCUUCCAAAGACAAUGAAACCAAGACAAGGGCUCCAGCCACUAUAAAAUCAGGAGUGCUGCAAUUUUUCAAGCUCGUGUUCUAUCGUUUCAUUAGGUUAACUCCGGUGUACCUUUAUGUGUUAGGCUUGGUAGAACUGAGUAUGAAGUGGCUGAAUAACAAGUCAGUAUUUGAGCCCAACGUGUUCGACCACAUAAAUUGUGAAAACUUCUGGUGGCGUAACGCUCUUUAUAUAAACAGCUUAUUCCCCAGGAAAGAAAUGUGUAUGCUGUGGAGCUGGUACAUGGCAAAUGACACACAGUUUUAUGUACUUGGAAUUUUAUUACUUCUCAUAUCUACCAGGUUCUUCAGAACUGCGUGCGUAGCUUGGGCUGCCCUGCUGCUGUGUUCUUGGUCGACCACUGCGUUUAUCUCGGUGCAGUACGAGUACAAAGCCAGCAUUCAAGAGCCAUUUGCUCUGUUUGAUCAACUUUAUGACAAACCAUGGACAAGGAUUGGCCCAUAUCUAGUUGGAAUGGCAACAGGAUGGAUUCUACUCAAAACAAAAUGUGUCAUCAGGAUACCUUUGGUGUGUGUUUUCAUGGGAUGGGUUGCAUCACUGCUUUGCCUUAUCAGUUUAGUGUAUGGGCUUCCCCUAUCCAAGCUGGAAGUCUAUGCAUCAGCUUCUUAUGUAUCUCUUGGACACACUGCCUGGUGCCUAGCUCUUGCAUGGAUCACAAUAGCCUGUUGUGCUGGCUAUGGAGGUGCUGUGAAUUCACUCCUGUCAUUUCGUGCACUGUAUCCACUGAGCAGAUUGACGUAUUGUGCAUACCUGGUGCAUCCACUGAUAAUGUUCCUGACAAGCUUCCAGAUGGAUGGUCCUUUGCAUAUUCAUAAUGGCCUUGUGGUUGUUUUGUAUCUUGGAAAUGUAGUGGCAGCAUUCCUCCUAGCAUUUGUCAUAUCUCUAAUGUUAGAAUCUCCAAUUGUCAAUAUUCUAAAAUUAGGAAUGCAAACAAGAAAAAGGGACAGCUGAAAGACAGCAUAAAUAUGUUGAUAAAUUCUUCUCGGUUAUCAGCUGAGUGGUGGUGUCGUCUUGUCACAACAUUUCAAUGAGUUUCAUACCCAUCAUCUUCUGGUGAGAAGACUUCAGCAGUGGAAUACACCAAGAAAGACUGCAAUCGCAUAUAGCAUAAAUAUGUCGUUUUCAACAAUAUUCCAUGGUUUUAUUGUUGUGGAAUGAUCAGUUGAAAAUGAAUAUUUUCAUUUUGUUAUGAGUGUAACAUGUUCCAUUUAAAGGCACAUAUUUUAAGUUAUUUAUAUUAUGCAUUUAUAUGAGUUUUUCAACAUGUUUAAAUCAAAGGUGAAACAAAGCUGAAAACUUUUUAUACACUAUUCUAGCAUUCCUGACACCAUAUGCUGUUAAAUGUGCAUAUUUGGAAAACAUACUGUUGGAACCAGUGACAUAUUGAGAGUUCCAUUUGCAAAGAGGUGAAAGAUACUUGUAUUGUGUCACAAUUAAUUGCAGAAUACUGGAUAUUUUCAUCUCUGAUGUUUAAAAGGUGGUUGUGCUCCUUAAAGACAUCACAAUAAAAAAGACUGCAGAUUUGGAUGGCAGCAUCAGCAGUGUGCAAAAAUUUAUUGUCUUAAGUUAGAAUGCAGUUUCUGCCAGUGACAUGUAUAAAGGGUAGAUGCGUAUCAGUUGAAGUCAGAAAGUAUUUUUGCCUCUGUAGGCAAUAUAAAUGUAUGACUACAUCAAUAUCAUAUGUAAUCUGCUUAUGUUGCAGUGGGCUCAUUAUAUAUAUUUUUUAAUGGAUACGAAAUUAUGCAUCUAUCUUUUGUAAAUAUUAAUGAAUCUGCUGUCAAAAAAAUAAAAUGAGAAAUAAACUUAUGUUCUAAUAAGAAAGGGUAGAUAAAUAU